AUGUCUUACUACGAGAACAACCCGCAGUGGUCCAAUCCCGGCCAGAACAACUGGGAACACCAAGCGCCUCCUGCCCGUGCUGGUGAGUCGGCCCAGUUGUCGCAGCAGCACCAAAUCGCAAAGCCGGACGCCGGAAUUGACUCGAGGUUCUCGCCAACAGGUGCCAGCGGCCCCACGCCUCAGGACGACUUCGCAUUCUUCUACCAGUUUGAGGAGGUUGAUCGUGCAUACGAUAAUCUUGCCAAGGGCGGGAAGUCGUACGGAAUGGGCGGUCGACGUGAGUACCCAACCCCCGGUGGUCCUAAGAUGGGUCCCGCCGGCCAUGGUCCCGCCAGAAAAUCCCUCGACUUCACUGGACGCAUGGGAGCCGGAGCCGGUCCUGGUCCCCGACCGCACUCGAUUAACCAGUUCGAUGAUGCCCGAGGCCACCCCAACUCGAACCUCCAGAACUUUUACGCCUCCCAACGCCACCAGCCCUCCCGCGGCUCCAACGACGCGGAACAGAUGAUGCAGGCCAAGAGAAGGAUGGCCGCUCAACGGGAGCGGGAGCUGCGAAACCUGCACACUGAGCAGCAAUACCAACGAACUCUCGUUUCUGAGGUUCCCUACGGCGCCAAAGCCAUGUCCGAGGAGGAGACUCGUGAGCUGAUCGCUCGUCAGCGGAGCGCCUUGUACGGCGAGGGCCAGUUUGCUGAGAAGGGAGGCUACGUUGAUGAGAACGGAGUCGUGCGCCCCGGCGUCCCCACCCACAGCGGUCCGUCCAGCCUGCGUGGACAGUCGCCCUUGACAUACGACGCGACUCGUGGCCCGCCUCCUCACAGUGACGCCCACACGCCCGUCUCUGCGACCGAUGUCGGCCCCGGUCCCAUCGCCGGUCCCCCGGGUGACCAGGGCUCUCGUGGUGGCAGCACCGCGAGCCCCCAGCCCAACGCGUCCAACAGCAACAAGAGCGCGUUCGAGUCGGCCGUGAGCCAGGCCGCGGCCCGCACUAAUAACUCGUCGCCCGGCGGCUCUCCGCCGCGACAGGAGCUACCGGCUGGGUCCAAGCCAGCUCAAGCAGUUGCUCCCAUUGGCACGCGACCUACAGGAACCCCGAGCGGAGCUUCGACUUCGUCUUCGAAGAGAUCGACCACCCCGUUGGCCUCCCCCGGCGGCUGGGGUCGCGGAAACGGUGUGUGGGGUCCUCAGUCUUCGGGCCUGAGCCAGCCUCCUGCUAGCGUUUGGGGCUAG